GCCAUGGCUCUCGGAAACGAUGUUCCGUACGUUAGUACUACUGAAGAAAUUCAUUCCAGCUGUUGGACUAAAACAAGAAAAAUAUUUUCACCUUUAUUUACGAUAUCUUUCCUGAAGGUUUUCCUUGGAGGCCAAGCGUUGUCCUUGCUCAUCUGUGGCACAGGGGUCACCAGCCAGCUCCUGAACGACAAUCAUGGAAUCAACGCCCCCACUACCCAGAGCUUUGCAAACUAUCUUCUCCUGGCGCUGGUGUACUGCACCCUCUUGUGCCUGCGCAAGACCAGGGAGAAGAACUUUUACCACAUCUUCACCAAGCGAUGGUGGAAGUACAUUCUGAUAGCACUCGUAGAUGUGGAAGCAAACUACUUGGUGGUGAAGGCGUACCAGUAUACAACUCUUACGAGUGUACAGCUGUUGGAUUGUAUCACCAUACCUGUGGUAAUCUUACUGUCGUUCCUCAUCCUGCGUACUCGCUAUCGCAUCAUUCACAUUGCUGGUGUGGUAACAUGCAUUGCUGGCCUUGGGGCUCUCAUUGGAGCUGAUGUACUGUCAGGCAGAGCUGGUGAUGGCACAGCUCAGAACAAGCUAUUGGGUGACAUUUUUUGUUUGCUCGGAGCAAGUCUUUAUGGUGUCUCCAAUGUAGCACAGGAGUAUGUGGUCCGUCAGUACACACGGACAGAAUUCUUGGGCAUGGUCGGACUCUUUGGGACAUUUGUAUCUGGAAUACAACUGGUGGCCCUUGAGCGUCAAGAACUCGCCACCUUCUCCUGGAACAUUGAGGCGAUCCUGUUGCUCCUAGCCUUUGCAGCGUGUAUGUUCUGUCUCUAUUCUCUCUUCCCUGUGGUCAUCAAGUGGAGUAGUGCCACAGUGGUCAACCUGUCCAUCUUGACAGCUGAUAUGUACACCUUGUUCAUCGGGCUCUUCGUGUUCCAUUUUGUGUUUUCUGGGCUGUAUCUCUUUGGCUUUGGCCUCAUCUUCACUGGAGUGAUCAUCUACUCUCUCAAACCAACAAAGGAUGCUCCUUCGGGACCAAGGUCAUACAGUCUAUUCCACAACAAUCAGUCAUCGGAAAACAUCACCCGCAUCAGCAUCCGCGAUGAUGACGAUACCGCCGAAGGGACGACAACGACCUUGACGGAUGGUGUCGACAUUGAAAGUGCAGCGCCGAGGGAUGACGAUACCGAGCAGUUACAUAAAGAAUUUAGCAAGAGUCUCAAUGGUGAUUCGAACUGAAGGAGAAGGUAACCUCACUCGCUUAGAGGUUGCCUUUUUUUGCUUGUAUUCUUUUUGUAAGUUAUUAUUGAAUUUGUAAGAAAAUUAUUCCGUCUCUGCUUCGGCCGGCGCGGCUGGAUUUUGACUAUGGAAAGGUGCAAGGUUUCAUGGACAUGGAAUUGGAAUGAACUCCUCUGUCAAAGCAAGAUCUGCAAUGAAUCCAUAAGCUGUGUAUCAUCCGCUGAGGGGAAAUCUGUGUAAGUGCCGAUGUAAUAAGAAAGCAGAUCUUUGCAGGAGAAACAUUCUCUCUAUGUAUCUACAUGUGAUCAUCUACCUGAUACAAAAUUUCCAUUGGUGGGACAAAGACUUAAAGACAGCAAAGUAAUAUUGCAUUUGGUUGCUUCAGUGAUUGGAAAUGCCGGACUGUUGGGCCAAAAGGCAGCCAUGCUGUAUAUAAAAGCAUCUGGGUCCCUUUUACCACUUGAGUUCAAUUUUGUUCACUGUGGUACAUACUGUAGUUAUAGAUUGCUUCAUAACAUUAAUCACAUUACCUUAUUAAUUUGCUUGAAUGAUACAUGUAUUUGCUCCAUACAACUUCUUUCACAUCUUUUCUGCCGAAAGGAUUCAUUCGAAAAGUCAAUAAUCGAAGCGUAUGAUAUCACUUACAAUGACUGUACAAACCCAGUGCA